CCCUCAACUGUUAUCACUAGUGAGGCUGCCAUUCGUGGUUGUUGCUCUGAGCCUUAACGCAGCUUCCAGCCCCUCCCUCAAAACAAAUUCUCCGGAUUUUCUAAUCUAAGGUGUCCGAGUCCGCCGAGCCAGCCACUAUGAACGGGACCGUGAACAAGUCUGCCAUAGACUACUCCAUUGUCCCCAUCAGCAACCGGGAUAGCGACCGCGUGCUUGACUUCCUCCGACGGUUCUUCUUCCGCGACGAGCCCCUGAAUGUCUGCGUAGGACUUCUGGACGGGCCCGAGGAAACUUGUCCGGAUCUGGAGCAGUACUGUCUGGACUCCAUCCCGGACGGUGUGUCCCUGAUGGCCGUCAGCCCCAGUGGUAAGCUCUUGGGAGUCUGCAUCAACGGAGUCCUGUCUCGACAGCCCGAGGAUUGUGACAAGGACAACACAGAAUGUUCCAAUCCUAAGUUCGACAAGAUCCAGAAGCUGCUCAAGUUUGUCUACAAUGAGUCAAACGUCUUCGGGCAGUUCUCAGAGGUUGACAAACUGCUAGACAUCAGGGUUUGUUCCGUAGAUGACGCUUGCAGAGGGCACGGCAUUGCCAAGAACCUCUUUGAAAAAACUAAACUGCUGGCCCAGGAGCUUGGUAUGCCCCUGGUACGUGUUGACUGCACCAGCCACUUCUCUGCCAAGGCAGUAGAACGUCUCGGUUUCCACUGCGUCUACACGCUGCUCUACUCGGAGUACUUGGACAGAGAAGGCGAGCCUGUGUUUGUACCUGAAUUUCCGCACACUUGCGUCAAAACCUUCGUCUGCCCAGUCCCGGUUGCUCAAUAGACCUUCACGUCUAGUCAAGAGAAUAUUAGAGUGUGAAUCCACUCUGCAAGGAACGUGCAUGCUCCUCCAUCAUUUGUGAAAGUUCUCCAUUCACAAUGGAUGUGUAAGAAGCUACAUCCAUGAAUGUAAGAAGUCAUAAUGCUGUAAUUUCAGAACAAAUAUCAUGACUGUAUUGCAAAUUGAGGAUGUAUGCAAUUGAAUCAUGUAUGGUGAUUUUAAAACUAAUCACCGCUUAGAAUUUAUCUCUAGGAAUAUUAUUUUUAUUUUCAUCAUAUUCGCUAACACACAAUUAAUUGUUGGAUCAUUCAGUAAAGUAGUUUCCUUAAAUCUGUCAUCAAUAUUAUAAUUUUUCCACUUCACCCAUUGGAGGGUUUAUACUUUGUUAUAUUUCAAAUAGUGAAAUUAAAAAAGAUUAUCUAAAGAUUGAUUCAUAUUUAUUGAUUAAUUAUUUAUAAGACAGUAAAUGGUAAUAUUUAUUUUUAUUUUAGUUGAAAAAGCUAUAGUUUAGUUACUGGUGUGUAUUGUGUAUGAUAAAUUAUUUCUACAAGCAAGAACGUUAAAUAUCAAAAUAAUGUUUGAAAUCAAAAUAUUUAUUUUUAUGCAAUAUCAUAAAUGGUAAUGUAAUAGUGUUAACUGUUUUGAUACUAAUUAUCGUGCUGUUUGUGGAAUUGAAAGUCAUUUUAGAUUUUAUUCAAGCUUAUCCUACUUUGAUAUUUUGGUGGUUAGAUGGUGAUAUUCUUGUACCUUUCUAUAUUUAUUGCACAAACUAUUUCACAUGUAUUUUAUCUCCUACUUAAUAAAUUACAUUCUACUCUUAAAGAACUUUGUUAUGUUUUUUUAUAUUUCUCUGCAUUUACUACUUUAAGAAAUGCAAUGUAGAAGUAUCAGAGUUUAUGUAUUUUUAAUGUGUAGUAGUUUAUUUUUAUUUUAAUCGUUUAAAUAUUAUUUGUAAAUGUUGUUGUAUUUAAGUCUAUUCACUUUAGAAAUCUUCUAAAUUUCUAAUGAACAGUUAAAAGUUCUAUUUAUUAUUGUGUAAGAAAUUGUGAUGAUCUAUUUAAGCCUUUUUAAGUUACAAGAUCCAGAAAAUGAUCUGUAUAUACUUAUAAUAUUUUACACUUUUCCACUGUUAAAUCUCAACUUUUCUUGUUCGGAUGUCAUGAGAGAGUUUAGAAAAUCUACGGCAAGUUAAUUUAUUGUAUUAAUUUAUUGUCCAAGAUUUGUCUGAGCACUGAAACUAAUUCUUUACAACCUCUAAUACUCCAACUAUUUUAUUGUAAUACAUAGCCUACUUACUAAGCUAGGAUUAAUCAUUGUACUGUAUCAACAAACAGUUCAUUUGGUUUGGAGAAAGCAAAAGGUUUGAGGUUAGUUGGAAAGGAUAUGAAAAUGCUGUGCAUUGUUUUCCUAUAGGAGUUCAACCCAUAACUUUUAACAAUUUAGGUUUAGGAUGAUCCCACUGAGCAGGUGGUAACCAUAGAGAUAAAUUGAUUACAAAUGGAGUCACUACUUUCUGGAUAAACAUUUAAGUACAGUAACGUGUGCUUGUUGCUAGGUCUUUUGGUCACAUUGUCUCUGUUUGGUAAAUAACCUUAUCUGAUUGGAUCAAAUUUGACAGCUAUCCAACCAACCAAUAUGGCCAACAUAAUAACAUGAAAAAUAUAAAAAAAGAGCAAAAACAGUGUCAUGCUUUAUAAACACUGAGUGGUGACACCAGUUAUAAUCUAUUCAUCUCUCUGGUGGUAACUGGUUAGCUAGGUUAUGAGACAUACCUGUAAGGUAGCUGGACGGCACUGUGAUAAAGUAGCAUUAAUAUUUUCCAAUAUGAAUUAUGUUAAUUUAUUGUGAAGAAAGAAAUAAAAUUACUUUUAUUCUA